CAGUCGAUUCAGUUGCUGACAGACCAUCGUUGAGUUGGCACGCGUACGCAAAGAAGUUCUUUUUUAUAAUAUAAAUGUCUUUGAUUUGCUUUCCAUUUAGCUAACAAUUACUUUUUUUUCGGUGUUUAGUGUGAUUUUGGAGGUUUGCAAGUUGUCUGACGGUCAGACACACUUGAUCUUCAAAGAUAGAGAAACGGUUUUAACAUUUCAACAAUUCAUAAAUUAUGAAUUUCGUGAUAAUUAUUUAAUCCAAUUUUGGUUUUUAUCGGUUUUAAAGUGUCCAACUGAAAGUAACUAAUUCUGAAGCGAAGCUCUCAAAUCGUGCAUUGAGCAAAACGAAAGUGUACAAAAAUACAAAAAAAAAGUUUGUGAUAAAAUCGUCGAAUAGUAUUGCUUAAUCGUAAAGUAAAAUUUGUAAUUUAAUUUAACAAAAAUGAGUCCGAAAACAAACGGUGACACUGUAACCUAUGAAUUUCCUUAUAUGCGAAAGCCUAAGGCAAAAACGAGCAUAUGGCGAGGCAUUUACAAUUCAGACAAAAAUUACAUUCUAGGCAGAACACCUAGAAAUUGGGGAUCGCUGCUGAUAUUUUACACAAUAUUCUACAUAAUUCUGGCUGCUAUGUUUACCAUAUGCAUGCAGGGUCUCCUUUCAACGUUAAGUGACCAAGCGCCGAAAUGGCAGCUAGAAAGUUCAUUAAUAGGCAGUAAUCCUGGAUUGGGCUUACGUCCAUUACCAGACGAUCUCAACCGUGGUGCAUUAAUUUGGUAUGAUGCGAAAGAAAAGACUCAGGUGGAAUAUUGGACACGACUUCUAAGUGAAUUUUUACAACCGUAUACCAAUAAAUCGAUGAUGGUGGGAGGGGGACGCAAUCAAGUACAAUGUAAUCACGAUACAGCGCCUGGUCUCGGUCAAGUGUGUGCAGUGAAUAUUGAGAAAAAUUUUGGUUCUUGUUCGGAAUCGAAUGGAUUCGGAUAUAAUCGAUCAUCGCCUUGCAUUUAUUUGAAGCUGAACAAAAUCUUCAACUGGGUACCGGAAUACUACGACAAUGUUGAUGAUUUGCCAGAAGAAAUGCCCACCGAUCUCAAGGAUGCUAUUAAAGCGCUACCACCAAGUGAGAGAAAACAAGUGUGGGUUUCUUGUAACGGCGAUAAUUCUGCCGACGAGGAAAAUUUGAGAGGUUUCUCAUAUUACCCAUCGAGAGGCUUUCCCGCCUUCUUCUAUCCAUUCAAAAAUGCUCCUGGAUACCUGAGUCCGCUGAUUGCUGUUCAAAUUAACAGACCAGCACUGAAUCGUAUCAUAAACAUCGAAUGCCGUGCCUGGGCCAAAAAUAUCAUUUACAACGGAAGUCUGCGGGACCGUCAAGGAUCGAUUGCCUUUGAAUUAAUGAUCGACUAAAUUUAGAUAUUUUUUUAAGUUUGUACGCAUUAAAGUUUGGUAACGUAGAGAGUGUAAGUGAUGUAGAUGCACUGUGUACUGUUGUUGGUACGAUCAAAUUUUUGUUAAAAAAUUAUUAUUUCCGAAAUCGAUAGUUAUGUACGUACUGGUUACGUGAUGGUAUGGAAAAGCAUCAAAUAGAUAAAUUCUCUUGUCGAAAUUCUGAAGCGUUUCUUUUGUAUGAUGACAUUCUAUGCUCCUUACACCUUCUACGAAUUUUACAAGUGACUAGAGCUAAUGAUACUUAAUUUUUAUGUUUUUUUUUUGUUUAAAUUUUAUUAAAGUGUUUACGAUGAAUUUGUUUUCAAAUUACCUUACAUUGUUUUUUCCGCCGAGUAUUUUUUGUUUAGCGAUUAGUUGGAGUUUAUAGUAAAAGUAGUACCAUCAAAAACCAAUUGUUUUUAUGAACACAAA